AUGUCUUCGAAGACAAUUAUCGUAGAAACUGCUGAAAAAUCUCAACCCAAUAAGCUCUCCAGUUCUGAUCCCAAUCAUCCACCUUCCGAAGACACCACUUCCUCCCACGAAGAUAUAUCACUUGGUGAGUUCCAGCUCUUCGAAACCCUCGGUUUUGGUGCGUCUGGCUCGGUUUGCAGAGCGAAAUGUAAUUCUGAUCAACGUGUCUAUGCCAUCAAGAAAAUCCCCCAAUAUAGCUUCCAAGGGACGAAUCAAGAAUCAGUGAUCAUGAAUGAAAUUGACUUGUUAAAAGAGGCUAGGCACCCUGGCAUAACCGAGUACUUUGGAUGUUACCUCAAGGAUGUCAUAUUCCACCUUGUACUCGAGUUAGUAGACGGUGGCACUCUUCGUGAAAAGCUCGAUAAAAAGGUAUUCUCUGAGGAUGAAGCGAGAGUCUAUGCAUUGAACAUAGCAAAAGCACUCGAAUAUCUUCAUGGAAAACAUAUCAUUCAUCGAGACGUCAAACUUGCUAAUGUGCUUUUAACUUCCGAUGAUCAAAUCAAAUUGGCCGAUUUUGGACUUGCGAUAAAAGUUACCUCCGGAUCUGCAUCUGGAUACUGUGGAACAAAAUAUGCUCAAGCGCCAGAGAUGAUUCGCAGGGAAAAUUACACAAAAUCAAUAGAUUGGUGGGCGUUUGGCGUUAUGAUGUUUGAAAUGGUCACUGGCGAAAAGCCUUUCAAAAAACGUAUGUCUCCUUUUCCACGAUCUCUUAUUAUUUGCCUCUUUGGAUCAUCCACAAUGUUAAUCUUCUUUUUCGUGUUUGGCAGUUGGUAG